AUGGCGACGGUUAAGCUUAGAUUAUUCUCUGCUCUUUCGAUUUUUCUUUUGUCAUAUUGUUUGUGCUUUGCAGCCGCUGAAGAUGUGAGGGUUACUGUGAGAGGAGUAACCUCUGUUGCCAAAACAGAUGAUACUUUUAUUUGUGCAACUUUGGAUUGGUGGCCAAGUACUAAAUGUGACUAUGGACAGUGCCCUUGGGGCCAAGCUGGAAUUCUUAAUUUGGAUUUGAACAAUAAGAUUUUGGCUAAUGCUAUCAGGGCUUUUGGUAAUUUGAGAAUAAGAAUUGGAGGGUCAUUGCAAGAUCAAGUUGUUUAUAAAUUUUGACAUGCUGUCAAGAUUCCUCACUUCAAGAGAAACGAUACUGGCUUGUUUGGAUUUACUAGAGGAUCACUUCCCAUGCAUAGAUGGAAUCAACUUAAUAAACUCUUCAACCAGACAGGGGUUAAACUAACUUUUGGGUUGAAUGCUCUGUUUGGGAAGCACAAGUCCAAUGACUCAGACCUAUGGUUAGGCAAUUGGAAUCCCAAAAAUGCUCGUGAUCUUAUGGAAUACACUAUUUUUCAGGGACACAAGAUUGAUUCUUAUGAAUUAGGGAAUGAACUGUGCGCAUCAGGAGUAUCUGCAAGGCUGGAUGCUGUUCAAUACAGUAAAGAUAUUAUCGUAUUGAAGAAAUUAGUGGAUAAAUUGUACCCAGAUCCUAAAACAAGACCAGCAGUGUUGGGCCCUGCUGGUUUUUAUGAUCAACAAUGGUUUAAUACCUUUUUUGAGGCCACUGGACCAAAUGUUAUUCAAGGAGUAACCCACCAUAUCUACAACCUUGGUGCAGGUGUGGAUAAAACCCUGAUUGAUAAGGUUCAGGAUCCAUACUUCUUGGACCAAGUAGCACAGACAUACAGAGACCUUUCAGUUAGCAUCAACGAAUUUGCUCCAUGGGCAGGACCUUGGGUUGGGGAAUCUGGUGGUGCUUUUAACAGUGGAGGCAAGGAUGUCUCGCAUACCUUUGCCAAUGGAUUUUGGUACUUAGACCAACUGGGUAUGACUUCAACAUUCAACCAUAAAGUUUUCUGUAGGCAAGCCCUUAUUGGUGGAAAUUAUGGCCUCCUUAAUACCACAUCAUUCAUACCAAAUCCUGAUUAUUAUGGUGCACUUUUAUGGCAUCGUUUGAUGGGGAAGGAAGUGCUGGUUACCACUCACGAUACUACUCCUUAUUUGCGAGCAUAUUCCCACUGUUCCAGGAAUAAGCCUGGAAUUUCUCUACUUCUAAUAAACAUGUCAAACCAAACGACCUUCAGUGUUACCGUUGAGAAUGAUGAUAAUCUCUAUCCAAGCAGUCGCAAGCUCAAGAAUUAUAUUUAUGGAGGAACAGAGAAAAGAGAAGAGUAUCACUUGACUCCUAAAGAUGGGAAUAUUCAGAGUGAUGUGGUGCUACUCAAUGGAACUCCAUUGAAGCUUACAAGCUCCUUAGACAUUCCUGAAAUGAAGCCUAUUUAUGUUGAUUCUUCAUCUCCGAUCACCAUUGCUCCUGAUUCCUUUGUUUAUGUCACCAUUAAAGAUUUUAAGGCUCCUGCGUGUGCUUAGCCUUUAGCCUUUAGCCUUAGAGAAAUAGAAUAGAUUGCCCCCUUUUUUUUAAUUGAGGAUUUGUAUUUUUAGUUUCAAUUUCUUCAUUUUCUUUUAAGCUAUAAAUAAGGGAUUUUUAGUCUCUAAUUGUUUUCGUUUAAGGACAUUUUAUAAAAAUGUCCCUCAAAGGUUUUAUCUUACCUUAAUUAUUAAUUAUUAGAAUUAUCUAG